AUGAAUUCUUUUGAAAAUUUUUUCCCUCUUUCUUUCUCUCGUCUCUUGUUUUCUUUUUUUUUUCUUCUUUUCAAUGUCUUCUACUUUUCUCUAUUUUCUUUAUUCACAAUUCUCUCUUUUAGUCAGAUUUUCUACUGUUUUCUCUUUCUCUUUUUGUUUUUCGUCGAUUUUUUUUAUCUUUUCUUUCCUUUAUAUUCUUUCUUUCUUUUUAUGUGUGUUUAUAUCUUUCUUUCUUUCCUUCUACUCACUUUGUUUUUAUCCUUCUUUCUUCCUAUUCUCCUUCUGCUUUUUUAUUAUUUUUCUGCUAUUAUUUUUUUCUCUCUUUCGUCUCGUUAUUUUCCUACCCUCUUAUUAUUUGAUAUACUGUUUCUUUCAUUAAAAUUCUCUUUCUGUCGCUUCUUCAUUUCUGUUCUUAUUUCCCUUCUUUUUCCCCGUCGCUUUUCAAUUGUUUUUUUCCUUUCCGCUUUCUUCUCGUUCUUUGUUUCUUUUACUUAUUUCAGGCAUUUUUUCUUGGAUGCUUGUUCACCUAGUUUCAUCUUCCUUUCUUUUCUUUUCGUUCUUUCUUUCUUUCUUUCUUUCUUUCUUUCUUUCUUUCUUUCAUUCAUUCAUUCUUUCUUUUCUUUCUUUCUUUUUGUUAUAUUUCUCUCGUCUUUCUUUUCACGACUUUGUAUAUAUAUUUUUAAUAUCUCGUUUCUUCUUUUAUUCCUUUGUCGCUCUCAUUUAUUUAUUUAUAUAUUUAGAACCUUUAACCUUCAUUUGCAUUUUUCUAUUUCAUAUUUUAUUUCUUAUACCUUUCUUUCUCGCUCAUUUUCCUGUGUCUGCCACACUCACCUUGAACAAAACUAUUUUUAUCUACUUUGUCUCUCUUUCUUUUUCUAUCACUCUCGCUCCGCUUUUACUGUUUUUCCCUCUAUUUUUCACUCUCUUUCGCACUCAGCCUUUCCCACACGCAGUGUCUUUCUAACAUUUCCUUGCUAUCUGCCUCACUCUCCUUCAUUUUCUGUCGCCAUCUUUCUUUCUUUCUUUAUGAUGUUUUUCCGCACUCAUCAAAUGUCAAAAAGAUUAGAUUUUUUUUUAAUAUUUGCCUUGUUGAAAUCGGAAACUUUCAUCACUGUCAUUCUUUACCUAUUUCUCUCACUUACUCCUUUCUCUUUCUCUUUCUCUCUCACUCUCUCUCUCUUUCUCUCUCUCUCUUUCUCUCUCUCUCUCUUUCUCUCUCUCUCUCUCUCUCUCUCUUCAUAG